CAAUGCAAGUGAAUGGUGACCAGAACUUUGAAGCCCCAAAAAGCACAAAGUCAGCAUAAAAGUUAUAUCUUUAAAUGUCUUCUGAAUAAAUUCAGUCAUUUGGGUGGGAACAGACCAAAUAUCACUUUUGCACUAUAAAUCUUGACAUCUAAAUAUAAAUCAUAAUUUCAAGCUCAGUUACACUUUCUAACGCCAUCUUGGGCUUUGCGCAUGCGUCCACCACUAGGAAGUGUAAUUGAGCUUGUAAUCAUGACUGUGCCUAGAGACUAUGAUGGUAAAAUGUACAGUUAAAAAAAUCUAUAUAUUUUGGUAUACUGUGUGUUUAAUUUAACAUUUUAUUGUAAUAAUUCUAAUGUGUCCUCGUCCCAACUUUUUUUUCUUUUCUUUUUUUGCGGUAGGACACACAUUAUGCAGAAAGAAUCCAAUUAUCUCCUUAACAGGGAGAUCAUUUUGCAUGAUAACAUUUGUACUAGACCAAUCAUUUCAGCCCUGAAGGCUCAAGACCCUGAAAGCGUUCAGUCGGAAUAAUGAAUGAAUCCCGUGAUCAGAUCACACACACACACACACACACAAAAGCUCCAGGAAUAAACUUCAGCUUACUCUAACCACACAGUCCAGCUCCAUGACUCUCUUAAAAAAAGCUUUAAUCAGUGGAAAUAAUGGGGAAUUAUAGAAUGGACAAAGACUCAAUUCCUCACAGAAGGAAAAGGAGAGACAUUUUGCUGUAUAUAAUUGCUCUAGUGAUGCUUAUAUUCGCUGCGGUUAAUCUUAUUUUCUAUGUUGGAAAGACUUUUCAGAGUUCAGCUCCUGCUAGAAUACGCCGGGAUGUUGAAAAUGUAACCGACUGCAUCCCACCGCAAUCCUCAGAAUUCCCAGAAGGAUUUUUCACACUUCAGGAGAGGAAGGAUGGAGGAAUUCUUAUUUAUUUCAUGAUCAUUUUUUACAUGCUUUUGGCUGUCUCUAUUGUCUGUGAAGAUUAUUUUCUGCCAUCUCUUGAAGUCAUUAGUGAACGUCUUGGUCUUUCUCAAGAUGUCGCUGGUGCCACUUUCAUGGCAGCUGGGAGCUCCGCACCUGAACUAGUCACCGCAUUUCUGGGUGUGUUUGUGACAAAAGGAGAUAUAGGCGUGAGCACAAUCAUGGGAUCUGCUGUGUACAACCUUCUGUGCAUCUGUGCAGCGUGUGGACUCUUAACCUCUGCGGUGUGUCGUCUCACCUGUUGGCCAUUAUUCAGGGACUGUCUUGCAUAUGCCAUCAGUGUAGCCGCUGUGAUUGCUAUAAUCUCAGAUAACAGGGUUUACUGGUAUGACGGCGCAUGUCUUCUACUGGUGUAUGGUGUUUAUGUGGUGGUGCUGUGUUUCGAUCUAAAGAUCAGUGAGUAUGUAAUCCAGAGGUUCAGUCCCUGCUGUACAUGUCUUAUUAAGAGGUCACAGGAGCGCGGCGAACACCAGCAGCUUUUAGGGUGGAGUGACGACAGCAGCCUCAGAGUGCACCGGCGUUCCCGAGCCGAUAGCGGAAUCUUCCAGAAUGAUUCUGGAUAUUCUCACCUCUCUCUCAGUCUGCACGGCCUAAAUGAAAUAACCGAAGAACAGAAAACCGUGUUUACGAUGCCAGAACAUGACCUGAAGCGGAUCCUUUGGGUUCUGUCCCUGCCUGCCAUACUGCUGUUGUAUCUGACUAUACCUGACUGCAGGAAAGGCUUCUGGAAGAAAUUCUACAUGAUCACAUUUCUGAUGUCUGCAGUCUGGAUCUCUGCAUUCACCUACGUUCUAGUGUGGAUGGUCACAGUUGUCGGUGAGACACUGGGCAUCCCUGAUACAGUAAUGGGAAUGACUCUUCUUGCAGCGGGAACCAGCAUCCCAGACACUGUUGCGAGUGUUAUGGUGGCUCGUGAGGGUAAAGGUGACAUGGCUAUGUCCAACAUUGUUGGUUCGAAUGUGUUUGACAUGUUGUGUCUCGGUCUGCCGUGGUUCAUCAAGACUGUGUUUGUGGACACUGAAUCUCCAGUGGAGGUGAACAGCUCAGGUCUGGUCUUCAUGUCCUGUACAUUGCUUCUCUCCAUCAUCUUCAUCUUCUUGGCUGUUCACAUUAAUGGCUGGAAAUUGGACUGGAAACUGGGCCUGGUGUCACUGGUCUGCUACAUCCUCUUUGCCACAUUGUCAAUCUUGUAUGAGCUUGGUAUCAUCGGGAACAAUCCCAUCCGAGCCUGUGCUGACUAACAGAUCACUCCACUCCACAGGAACUCUUAAUUUUGUGCAGUUUGUCAAUUACAUGUUUAGUGAAGGGUGACAAACAUAGCUGGAAAAUAGCCAGUGGUCUGUGUUGUGUUUUUUUUUUGUCACCUAUCAGGCUUUCAGUAUACGGUAUCUUCUGAGGAGAGUCAAUGUUCAUGUGAGUACACACUUCGAUAACAUUUGUUUUUUUUAUAGACCUUAGUCAGGGUGGAUUGUUUAAUUUGAUGUGAAUGAAAAUGAGGCUGACCUCAAUAAACUAACUAAGGUCUGAAUAAACUUCAGUGAUUCUGUCACAAGUGACACUUUGAACUCACUUUUUUUAAUAUAUUUUGUUUUAACAAAUAUUGCCUACAUACAGGGGCAAGAAAAAAAAACAUGUGAACACUUAUUAGCUGUUUUUUUGCAUUUAGUCAUAAAAAUUAUCUCAUCUACAUCAAAGUCACAAGUAUAGACAAAACAUAAUGUGGUUAAGCUAACAACACACAAUCAAUUAUAAUCUUUAUUGAACACAUACCAUUACAGAUGUACAGUGCUGUAGGAAAAAGUCAGUGAACCCCAGGAUUUAAUAACUGGCCAAUCCUCCUUUGGCAGCAAUAACCUCAACCAAGCAUUUGAAGCAGUUCCAGUCAGAAGGAAUUUUGGACCAUUAGUCCUUACAGAACUACUUCAGCUCAGCCAUAUUCGUAUGCUAUCUGGUGUGAACAGCUCUCUUGAGGUCAUUCCACAGCAUAUCUAUUGGGUUAAGGUCUGGACUCUGACUGGGGCACUCCAAAAGGUGGAUUUUCUUUUUUGAAGCCAUUCUGCUGCUGUAUCACCCAACUUAUACUGAGCUUCAGCUGGCUCACAGCCACCCUGGAAAUAUCCUGUAGAUUAUCUUGAUAAACUUGGGAAUUCAUUUUUUCCUUGAUGAUGGCAAGUGGUCAAGGCCCCAAAGCAGCACAAAGUCAUCGUGCUCCCUCCACCGUAUUUCGCCAUCGGGAUGAUGUUUUCAUAUUGGUAGGCAAUGCCCUUUUUGCUCCAUAUGUAGUGCUGCGUGUUCUUACCAAACAAUUCAACCCUAUUUUCAUCAGUCCGCAAAAUGUUGUGGAGUGUUAAGAUGGUCUUUGGCAAACUUUUGUUUUUGUUGCAAAGCAGCAGCUUCCUUCGUUUUGUACAGCCAUGGGCACCAUGCUUUUUAAGACUCAUGAAUAGAAAUGUCAACCAGUUCCAAUGAUUCCUUCAUUUCUUGAGCUUACACUCUAGGUUUCUUUUUUUUUACCUCAAAGGGCACACUGCAGAAUGCUCAAUGAGUCAUCUUGGCUGGAUGGCCACUUCUAGGGAGAAUAGCCACAGUACUAAAUCGUCUUUAUUUCUAGACAAUUUGUCUAACUGUGGACAGAUCAAUAUCUAAGCUCUUCGAAAUAAAUUUGUAACUCUUUCCAGCUUUAGGCAAAUCAACAAUUCAUCAUUUGAGUUAUAUGUCUUCUGAGAUUUUUCUUUUAAGAGUCAUGGUUCACGUCAGCAGAUGCUUUUUGUGAAUAGAAAAAGCACUCAAACAUUUUGAGUUUGCUAAGUCAAAGUAGCUCUAACCCACACCUUCAAUCUAGUUUCAGUAAUUGGAUGCCAACUCCUGACUCUAAUUAUCUUUUUGUCCUCUUUAGCCCAGGGAUUCACACAUUUAUUCCAAAGUACUGUUAAUGUUUAAUGGUAUGUUUUCAAAAAGGACAUGAAAUAUACAUUUGAAGAAGUUUACACACAUUUAGGUUAGAGUCAUUAAUACACUAACCACUCCACAGAUUUCAUAUUAGCAAACUAUGGGUUUGGCAAGUCAUUUAGGACAUUUACUUUGGGCAUGACAAUAAUUUUCCAACAAAUGUUUACAGACAGAUUGUUUAGCUUUUAAUUGACUAUCACAAUUCCAGUGGGUCAGAAGUUUACAUACAGUAAGUUAACUGUGCCUUUAAGCAGCUUUAAUUAAAUUAAGCCUAAUUUAGCUUCUGAUAGGCUAAUUGGAGUCAAUUGGAGGUGUACCUGUAGAUGUAUUUUAAGGCCUACCUUCUAACUCAGUGCCUCUUUGCUUGACAUCAUGGAAAAAUCUGAAUAAAUCAGCAAAGACAACAAUUUGGACAUUUGGUCUACAUAUGAUCUGGUUCAUACUUGGGAGCAAUUUCCAAAUGCCUGAAAGGUACCACGUUCAUCUGUACAAACAAUAGUACGCAAGUAUAAACACCUCUGGACCAUGCAGCCAUCAUACCGCUCAGGAAGGAGAUGCAUCCUGUCUCCUAGAGAUGAACGUAGUUUGGUGUGAAAAGUUCAAAUCAAUCCCAGAACAACAGCAAAAGACUUUGAGAAGAAGCUGGAGACAAGUGUAGACAAGUAUCUACAGGUGAAACUCGAAAAAUUAGAAUAUCGUGCAAAAGUUCAUUAAUUU